AUAUUGAUGAUUGUGAUCCUAAUCCAUGUGAGAAUGGUGGUACAUGUACUGACAAAGUUAAUGGGUAUACAUGUAGCUGUGUUCCUGGAUAUACAGGCAAUAGAUGUCAAACAAAUAUAAAUGAUUGUAGUCCCAAUCCAUGUAUGAAUGGUGGUACAUGUACUGACAAAGUUAAUGGAUAUACAUGUAUCUGUGUUCUUAGAUAUACAGGCGAUAGAUGUCAAAUAAAUAUUGAUAAUUGUGAUCCUAAUCCAUGUUGGAAUGGUGGUAUAUGUACUGACAAAGUUAAUGGAUAUACAUGUAGCUGUGUUACUGGAUAUACAGGCGAUAGAUGUCAAACAAAUAUAAAUGAUUGUAGUCCCAAUUCAUGUAUGAAUGGUAGUACAUGUACUGACAAACUAAAUGGAUUUACACGUAGCUGUGUUCUUGGAUAUACCGGCGAUACAUGUCAAACAAAUAUAAAUGAUUGUAGUCCCAAUCCAUGUAUGAAUGGUGGUACAUGUACUGACAAAGUUAAUGGGUAUACAUGUAGCUGUGUUACUGGAUAUACAGGCGAUAGAUGUCAAACAAAUAUAAAUGAUUGUAGUCCCAAUCCAUGUAUGAAUGGUGGUACAUGUACUGACAAAGUAAAUGGAUAUACAUGUAGCUGUGUUCUUGGAUAUACAGGCGAUAGAUGUCAAACAAAUAUAAAUGAGUGUAGUCCCAAUCCAUGUGUGAAUGGUGGUACAUGUACUGACAAAGUAAAUGGGUAUACAUGUAGCUGUGUUACUGGAUAUACAGGCGAUAGAUGUCAAACAAAUAUAAAUGAUUGUAGUCCCAAUCCAUGUAUGAAUGGUGGUACAUGUACUGACAAAGUAAAUGGAUAUACAUGUAGCUGUGUUCUUGGAUAUACAGGCGAUAGAUGUCAAACAAAAAUAAAUGAUUGUAGUCCCAAUUCAUGUGAGAAUGGUGGUACAUGUACUGACAAAGUCAAUGGAUAUACAUGUAGCUGUGUUACUGGGUAUACAGGCGAAAGAUGUCAAACAAUGACUACAGUAACUGUUCAUUCAACGUCAGCAGCCAUCUUGAAAGUCACUGAGAUUUGA